CCACAUAAACUCUUUAAUGCACAACAGAGAGUCAGAGAAUGAAGCUAUCACCACCACCACUUACCAACAGCGAACCAACCGCCACCGUUUCUGCCGUUAAAUCUUGCGGCGGAGUUGGCAAAGAAACCAGUUCGACCACGAGGCAUCCAGUGUACCACGGUGUUCGCAAACGCCGAUGGGGGAAAUGGGUUUCUGAGAUCAGAGAGCCCCGGAAAAAGUCUCGGAUUUGGCUUGGAUCUUUUCCGGUGCCGGAGAUGGCUGCUAAAGCCUACGACGUGGCAGCGUUUUGUCUAAAAGGUAGAAAAGCUCAGCUGAAUUUUCCGGACGAAAUAGACGAUCUACCUCGACCGUCCACGUGUACUCCCAGAGAUAUCCAAGUCGCGGCGGCCAAAGCAGCCAACGCCGUCAAGAUGAUCAAAAUGGGAGAUGAUGACGUGGCAGAAAUAGACGACGGAGAUGAUUUCUGGGAAGGCAUUGAGCUACCGGAGCUUAUGAUGACUGGAGGUGGGUGGUCGCCGGAGCCUUUUGUUGCCGGAGAUGAUGCCACGUGGCUUGUCGACGGAGACUUGUAUCAGUAUCAGUUCAUGGCGUGUCUGUGAGUGUUGCUGUCGAUUGUGUCGUAUUCGUUAUACGUGUACGUUGUAUCGUUAUUGUGUUGGCUCACUUAAUUUAAUGCAUAUGCAUGUAUAUUUUCAUUUUUUUGUUUCUAGUUUAUUGUUUUACGCGAUUAAUAAUUAGAUACCUGUUUA